AUAAAGCAAAAGGAGAGAAAGAAUAAUGCUGACACUUUAUAUGAAGUUGUAUGCUUGGAAAGUGAAUCAGAAAGAGAGAGGAGGAAAACUACAGCCAGUCCUUCAGUUCGCCUGCCACAGUCUGGAUCUCAGAGUUCAAUGAUACCUUCUCCUCCAGAAGAUGAUGAAGAGGAAGAUAAUGAUGAACCUCUCUUGAGUGGAUUUGGUGAUGUAUCCAAAGAAUGUGCAGAAAAGAUUCUUGAAACAUGGGGAGAACUGCUGUCAAAAUGGCAUCUGAACUUGAGUGUGAGACCAAAGCAGUUGUCAUCCUUAGUAAGAAAUGGUGUCCCUGAAGCUCUUCGAGGAGAAGUCUGGCAGCUGCUAGCAGGCUGUCACAACAAUGAUCACCUAGUAGAAAAAUAUCGCAUCCUUAUCACAAAGGGGAAGUAUAAAUUUUCUUUCUUGAUCGACUUCACCUCAGAGGCAAAGGAUGUUUCCUAG